AACCAAAACUACCUGGACAGGAAGUGGCUCCUAGUCAAGCUAACUGAUACGAAAGUAACAACUGUGAUAGCAGUACCUUCCAGUGCAGAGAAAUGACCCAUGCAUCUCCAGAGGCUGUGGGUCUUGACCCUGCCGCGCUGAGAGACGAACUCUUCGAGCUAUGGAACCGGAAAGAUCUGAAGACGCUACAUUUGGCAGCCCUCCAGGGAUUUUCAAAGCUCCCUGAGCCCCUGGAGGCCAUACUAACAAUCUUGGAGGGCUGUCCAGGCAAACAGAAAGGUCGAGGCCACACCCUUGGCCAUCACAUCCUCAUGGAAUUCCAUACAUGGAUGAAGGAACAUCCUCAGGUGACCUUGAGUUCGCUAUCAGACCAACAAGCACUGGUGCUCCAGCGGAGAGCAUUGAGCUUAUUAACAGAUACCCAGCCCAGCUUUGUGGACAGUCUCAUCAGCAUCUACCAACUCUGUACCCUGGAUCCAUCCAUACUACAACUCCACAUUAAAAGUUUGCAGGCGCUUAAAUAUUAUAAAGAAGCAGCAGUUCUUGCCAUAAAACUGAAUUUACAGAAUGAACUAAAUAUGGAGGAGAUUUGUGUACCACUCAUCCUGCAGGAUAAGUUGCCUUUGGCGGAGUCUUAUGUCACAGGCCAUCAUCAUCUUGAACAACAACUGGUCACACUGCUUGACUCCUGGUGCCACCCCAGCUUCAGUGUGGAGGAGAUAAGAAAGCAUGUCACCUGCCUCUCUUUGUCCAGACACUCAAUGGGACAGAUCCAGCCGAAGCUGCUCACCAAACAUGUCCUAAGACUUGUUGAGAAAUUCAGUAUUGAUCAAGGACUGUGCCCAAAUGCUCUUCAUAAGAGAAGGCUGGACUCUCUGCGUUUCCUUAUGUACAAGCAUUUUGUGGAGAAAAGCAUGACAGAGGAGAAUUGGUGUGAUCAUGUGCAGUAUGUAGUAGGAAAUGACAGGGAACUGCAGAUCCAGUUGGUGGAGCUGUUAGUGAGAUACAGUUGCCUUCGGAAAGCUGCUCAGUGGUCACUGAGGUACAACGUCCCCAGACAUCGACUUCCAUGUGGAGUAUGGGAAACUCAACAAAGUCUACCACUUCAUCUGCAACAAGUACAACCAAGUGCUUCAUCACUAACCGAAGAGUGGAUGCCUCCAGAAUCUCAUCUUCAGAAGUUCUACCAGGUUCCACUCUCCCAAGAUCAGGUUCACUUUGUGGACACACCAGAGGCUCUACAAAGAUGUCGGGACAUUGUGCUCAAGGAAGGUGGUAUAGUGGGAGUUGACAUGGAGUGGCAGCCAACAUUUGGUUGUAUCUCAUCUGAGCAAGUUGCCUUGAUACAGCUGGCAGUGUCUGAUCACAUUUUCUUAUUAGACAUCUGUGCAAAAGGAUUCUGUCAACACCCAGAUACUGUCAGUUUCAUCAGGAGCCUGUUUUCUGAACAAAAUCUCCUUAAACUAGGUUAUGGUAUGGCAGGGGAUCUCAAGUGUCUCUUGGCCACCUGGCACCAGUUUUUAGAAGAGCCACUUAAGAUGGAAGGGGUGUUAGAUCUUCUGAAUAUACACCAAAAGAUCCAGCAAGGAAAGUCCAACAGGACUCAUAAUGGUCCUUCAGAGGUGCUGGUAGGAGAGAACUCUGCAGAGAAAGGCCUUAGUCUGCUGGUACAGCAGGUCCUCGGAAAGCCUCUGGACAAGACGGAGCAGAUGUCCAACUGGGAGAAACGGCCUCUCCGCAUCAGCCAAAUUAGAUAUGCAGUGGCUGAUGCCUACUGCUUGCUAGAUGUGUACGCUGUGCUUAGCAGGACUCCAGCGUCCUUCGGGCUUCCAGCUGACCUGCGGAGCAUCUCACCAAGCCAGUCAGAAAAGGGCAAAGACAAGAAACAGAAAAAUAAACAGGCCAAUGAGAUCAAACAGGCCUGCAACAAAAAGGAAUGUCAGGGAGCUCAAAGGGUCAGUCCCUCUUGCUCUGACAUAGAGAAAAGGCUCCUGUGUGGUGAAAAGCCCCGUGAAGACUCCCCUCCUUUACCCCCACAACAGUUGCGGGUGGUUUGUGACAAUAUGCUGCAGGGACUCGGCAGAUACCUGCGGUGUUUAGGAGUUGAUGUGGUCAUGUUGGAGAACACUGAUGAUCACAGAGAAGCAGCAAAAUUGGCACAAACUGAAGGCCGUGUCAUACUCACAUGUGGGCAGCCAUUCCAAAGUUUGCGGUCCCAGGUGGGUGAAGGUCGCUGUCUCUCCCUGGACUGUUCAGAAAAGGCCAGAGACCAGGCAAUUCGAGUCCUCAAACACUUCAAUGUCCAGCCCACUCCCAGUGACAUAUUCAGCCGCUGUCAGGCUUGUAACAGUGAUCAGUAUGUGGUGGUGCCCAGAGAGGACAUGGUCAGUAUGCUCCAUCAAAGAGGAUUUUUGCAGGAUCCAGAAACUGAUUACACACAACAAACAUCAAACCAACUGGAAGAGGAGAAGCUGACCUCCAGUGUGACCCCUGACCUCCCCAGGUAUGCCCUUCAGUGUCGCUGGGCCCCCCUUUCAGGGUUGGAUCCAGACACUCUGACCUUUCCUGGCGGGGCGCCCAUACAACUCCACACGGUGCCCCCCACCAUUCUGCCGAGGAUACGGCUCUUCUAUGUCUGCACCAGAUGUGGCAAGGUCUUCUGGGAAGGCUCCCACUUUGGUCGUGUCCUUUCCAUGUUUCAGGAUAUCUUUCACAUAACAGAUGAGGAUGAGGAGUCAGCUGCAGCGCCCGUUACAGCAGCACAAUAAAACUGACUGAGGAAGGGAUACCUCAGCGCACAUGACAUCUAAAAACACCCAGAUGUUCUGAUACAUAUGAGCACCCACCUGUCAUAAAAUUCUUGGUUAAUUGACAACAUUACCAUUUAAUAUGUAAACCUUGUUGAAGGAAUACAUUAUUUGGAUAACAUUUAGUUGGAACAUGAAGAAUAAGGCUUCUUGCCUAUUUUGUUUUGGGUGUGUUAUUAAUUUAUUUUAAUGCUUGAAUCAACAGACUACCCUCAAAGGUUGGAUCUGUCUCAACACAUCUGUCAUGUAAUGUUAAUGGAUGAACGGUUAUAUACAUAUCGCUGCUUGUCCCAAAGCUUUUUUAUUACAGUUGGUAUAUAUAAUUCAGUAACAUAAAACUGAUGUUUAUAAGAGUUUGAAACUCACUUUAUUUUCAGUGAACCAAAGAUGGCUUUAACUGAAAUGACAUUUUUACCUUUUUUCACUUUUGUUGUCUGAAUAUAUCCAGUGUUAUCCCAUGCACUUUUAUGGGCAUGUUUACACCUCAGAUUGUUGUUAAAUCAUUUAUAUUGUUUAUUCCUAAAGGGUACUUUGACUCUUUGGGAAAUAACAUCAUCAAACCUUAAAGCACAUGUCAGAGUUGAGCUUGUUCUAUUCAACAUUCUGGGGUUGGAUUUAUUUAAAUGUUUUUACAUAUGGUUCUAAAAAAAUGCAUGUGGGAUAUAACAGGCAUCAUUUCCUUGAUCUUUUUAAUAGUCUGAGACACUGUAUAUUUUCUUCAUGUGUAUAAUAAGGCUGGAAUCUGAAUAUGUGUGAUUAAAAUGAUUUUUGUUUUCAUUAUUAAUCUAUUACAAAUUUGAGUCAGUAAAUGAUUUCUGCCAUUGAAUUGGAGCUUUGUCUAAUAAUAUUCAAGGCUUUUAGUGGUGUUAUCCCUCAACAGUUUCACAGCAUUACUCCUAUAAAAGCAGCAGACAGAUUGAUGAGAUCAUCUUGGCUUCACUCAUGUCUGUCAGGUGUUGAGUGUGGUGUUUCCACCCACAAAGCUUCAGGGUAGAUGGGUCCCAAAGUAACCCAACACAUUUUGCCUGAAUCCCUUCAUAUUUUCUCAUACCUUCUUUUCCAAUCUCCUCCCCACUGCUCAUGAAUCCCACAUCGGAUUUAUGUGAUUACAGUAAAUGGGACUGCCCAGAAAGGUUUUAAGAGAUACAAUGUGAAAAACUUAGCAAUUAAAAAAGAAUAUACUGGUGAUUUCUGGACAAGUGCAUUCCCUGGAUAUUGUUCAGAGUUAAUAUUGUUACUCUCAUAAAAUUUAACAAGUUCUAACUAUUGGCAGUUGUGCACUUUCUUUUAUUGAUAAUUUAACUUGCAUUAAAAAAAAAGCCAAUUAUUUUCACAGACAGGUCAUCUGGUGAGUCACUGCAGCAAAUGUGUUGCUUUCGCAGGGAACGCUUACAUUUCAUUAGCAGCUGAAAACUCAAAGCUACUAAACAUAAAAUCCAUUUAAACUUAGUAAAUGCACACUAUGUAAUUGAGGAUACCCAGACUGAGAAAAUACAUUUCUUAAAGGUAUUUAAAGAGACAAAAUUCUCUGAAAGAUUGGAGCUAAGAUGCUGUGUCAUCUUUAUUACAACUAAGAUUCUGACUAAAAUGGAUCACAAGGAGGCUUAGUAAAUGUUCACAUUGUGUGCCUGUUUUUCCCUUUUCCCAUCUAUUAGCAGUUUGUCUAUGAAAUGUCAGCUGUUUUUAAUAAACAUUGCAGAACUGGGUUCCUGACGAGUUGGGUCUUCUACAUAUACUGCAUAUUAGUAACAUCAGAUUACCAAAUACAUAACCUUAAGGGCAUUACACAAUGUAGGCUUAGGGUUUUGUUGCAGUAAGUAAUGUUAAACCUCUCAUAAUACUGUUAUCUGUAGGGACCUUUUUUAAGUGUUGCAAUUCUUCAAGAGUGAGUGGAAUAAUGGUUUGCUUUUGUCAGAGUUGGAUCUAAACUUGCUACUCGUGGAAAAUCAUGAAAUCUGGGAUAGUGAAUAACCAAGGAACUGUCUUGGACAGUUGGAGAUCAUGAGGAUUACAGUCUCAGACGUGACUUAAAUAUUCUCAGGCAGAGUAUUGCAUGGUGAUAUGAUACGUCUAGUAGUUCAUUCUUCAAGUGGAGUCGUUACAAUUGAAUAAGAAAGAAUCUUUUUUGCAAGUUUGACAUCUUUGUUUAUUGCUAUUUCGUCUUACACCAUGCACAUUGUACACUAUGUCUGCCUGCCAUAUGGGUUACUGACCUUUGAAAAGUGUAAUCCUGUUCAGACACAGCUACAGCUAAGCCCUCAUCAGCCUUUAAAAUAACCAAAACAAGCUUGGUUAAUAAUCCAAAUGUGGGAUUAAAACUGGCUCACACCGACAAUGGUCUUAAAUAGAUUCCAAU